AGAUAUAAUUAAUUAUAAACUACCCGCCACGGUGAACGACGGCAGUUGACGACCAACCGAUCCAGCGGCUGAACACCAACAAACUAGAAAUGGCGACGGAGGGUAGAAAGCGGUUGUCUGUCGCCACACGCCGUGUCCUCGAAGAGCUCGGCCUCGCCUCCCUGUACCGCUCGCAUGUCGACGUCAAGCUGUUGUGCCUGCAGCGCUUCGUGAGGCUGUUCGCAUACGGCGCGUCGACGCUGGUCCUCGUCUCAUUCCUUCGGGAGCUGGGCAUCUCCCAGAGGCGCAUUGGUCUCUUCAUGACCUUAACGCUGACCGGUGACGUCGCCAUUAGCUUUGUGCUGGCCCUGUUUGCCGAUGGGGUCGGUCGCAGAGCCGUCCUGGCGCUCGGCGCUGCCCUGAUGAUCGCGAGCGGCGUGGUCUUUGCCCAGUUUGAGAACUACUGGGUGUUGCUCGCCGCGGCAGUUUUUGGCGUCAUAAGCCCGAGCGGACGAGAGAUUGGGCCAUUCCGGGCUGUCGAGGAGAGCACAGUCGCCCACCUGACCACUGCAGGCGAUAGGAGUGACAUCUACGCCUGGUACAGCCUUCUUGGGAAUGCCGGGACGGCGUUUGGCAUGAUUACAUGCGGACGGGUAAUCCACCACCUGGACGAAGAUCUCGGCUGGCAACUCGUCGAUGCAUACCGAAUGGUCUUCUACGGCUAUGCAGCGCUGGGCGUGGCGAAGAUUACGCUAGCACUCAUGCUCAGCAGUGCCGUAGAAUUGGAGAAACCCGCCACCGAAGAGCAGCCAGCGCCCACCUCCACCAGCAACAGCGAGGAGACAGCGCCCCUUCUGGCAGGUGAGACGGCAGAGAGUGACGCGUCAGAAAGGGACACGGCCCCGAAGGCUGCCAACUCACGGGGACGAUCAUUGCUCUCGGGAAUCAGUCGAGAGAGCGUCCGAGUUAUGGUCAGCCUGUGCCUUUUGUUUGCGCUGGACAGCUUUGCCUCAGGACUUGCUCCUUUGUCUUGGAUAACAUUCUUCUUCCGGUCACGCUAUAAUCUAGGGGAGGGCAAGCUUGGCCCGGUUUUCUUCACCUCGAGUAUCAUCUCGGCAGCCUCUGCAAUUGUAGCCUCUUCCCUAGCUAAGCGUUUCGGAAACGUCAAGACAAUGGUCUUUACCCACCUUCCAUCAGCCGUAUUCCUCGCGCUAAUUCCGAUUCCGAACGACGUACACCUCUCCGUCAUGUUUCUUCUCCUACGCGCUUGCACGCAAUCCAUGGAUGUCGCACCGCGCUCCGCCUUCCUGGCCGCCAUCGUUCAGCCGCAGGAAAGGACGGCGAUCAUGGGCCUAGUUAACGUGGUGAGCACUGCUUCGCAGAGCCUGGGACCGUUGAUCACCGGCGUGCUGGCCGAGUACAACUUCUUCUGGGUUUCGUUUAUCUGCGCCGGAAGCCUAAAGGCGUGUUACGACCUCGGUUUGCUGGCUCUAUUCAAGAACCACGAGCGAGACAGGGCGAGGCGUAGGAGUACAGAGGCUUGACUGACUGACUCGCCCGUUCUGUCCAACCAGACCCCUGCU